CUCAUUUUAUUCAUAUCAAUUGAUUUUCAGUAAAUGUUUGGAGCAGAGCAAAGAGUGGAGGAAAAGUACACACUUUCUCAGGCCAUUCUAAGGCCAUAACAAAGAUAUUGCUUCACCCUGAGAAUUCGGCGCUGGUGAUAACUGCUGCCAUGGAUGGUAUCAUAAAAGUAAACUCUCUUGACUUUAUGGAGGAGAUAUACAGCAUUCCUGUAUUUUCUGAGGGAAUUUACUGGAUGAACAUCGUCUCUUCAAAGCUUCUUUACUGCUGUUCUAAUCGCUUCAUCGAAGUAUUCUCACUCAACCAUCUAUGUGAUUUCUGGGCCUCAUCACGCUGCUCAGUGACUUCACUCAGUCUGGUCACGUGUAAGGGAAAGUCAACGCGUGUUAUGGCUGUUGGAAAUGACAGCAGUGUUCGUUUGAUUUCUCGGAAGCGUCAGAACCUCUCCACAGUCCUCCCGCCGCCAUCCAUUUCUCCUCUAAACAUGGUAAAAGAUGUGGCAUACAACAGGGAGUUUAACAUGAUGUACUUGUUAAUUGAUGAGCAAGAGAUCUGGGUCUACUAUACCAGGACGAAUCCAGCGACACGAGUGGAGUCUUGGAAACUAGACUUUAUUGAAGACAUCCAUAAUCAACAUUCUCAAGAUGCUUUGCAGAGGUCCAGAGCCAACAGUCCAUGGCCUAAUGAAGGAAACAGAUCCCCCAGUCCUGAAUCUCCCCCGCCUGGUAGGAGUUCUUUUCCACCGUUAGAGGUCAGCGGAAGGGAAUCAAUGUUAUCCACUCGUAAGGAGAAAGUCCAGAUCACGUGUCUUGGAAUAUUGUAUUCCCCGAUAAUAAUGACGUCACUGGAGGGAGAUGCAUGUCCUGAUACAACGCAUUUCCUUAUGGCGGGAACUCAGGAUGGGCGUGUCCUCUUUCUUCACAUGUUUUGGCAAGGACUAAAAUAUCAUCAACUUCAAGCCAAUAAGGAUGCUGUUCUUCAGGUUUACCAUGACCAGGACAACAACACUCUGGUUACAAAGUGUCGGUAUCCUAAGAUUGCUAUCCAUAUUUGGUCUUUGCCGCUCCUACAGUUGAUGAGGAAGAUUGAUUGUGACGCUGACAUGACAUGCUUUACACGCAUGAACAAUAUUUUGUUGUGUGGACAUCAAAGUGGAUACUUGCACCUUCAUUCGUUGUCUGUGGAUAACAAUGAAUUUCGCGAAGAUCAAGAAGAGAGAGCGAAGGGAACCAGGCGUUCACCUCCCAAGGAUCAUAAGAGUUGUAUUAACAGUGUGGACUCGAACUCGAACCUGGAGAUAUUUUGUAGUGUCAGUGGAGAUGGCAUCAUCAAGAUUUGGGACAAAAAUAAAACCCUUCUACGAGAAAUCAUUAUGAACGAAACAUUAACAGUGGCCUCUUUCCUAAAUACACAAGGAGAUAUCCUAAUCGGUUUCAAACAGCACAUCUUCAUAAUUCCAAAUGAAAAAGUGUACCCUGUGAAGGAUGGCUUAUUACCUGGCAGCAGAUCUGAAUCAAUCGACGAUGAGGCGUUUGAAACAGAAUCAGACAUCUACGAGGACCCAUCAGUAAGAUUUGAAAGCAAAAAGAUUCUGCAACCAGAUCCUACUAACAUGGAGAACUACUUGGUACCAUUUCCAAACUUACAGUUGAAGACGUCUUGGUUUAUGGAAGGUCGACCUCCCCCAGACCUUGAACCGCAAAACCAACAGGAGGACGAAGAGUCUAUUAGCUUAAUGUCGGACAGCCUCUCGCUCGCUCCGACUGAAGUCUACGGUUCCCCAUCCUCCACCCCUCGACGAAUUUCUUUGGCAAGCUCUGUAGCGAUGUCUGAACGCAGAACCAGUACAGAAUUAUGGGAUCUUCCUGAAUUUGGAAACUCGCCAGUGAGUUCGCCACCCAGAACUCCUCCACCAGAACCAACACCACCUCCCACCCCUCCCCCAGAGGUGGAGUCUGAUGAGGACUCGAGUGGAGGUGAAGAAAAGAAAGAGCCUCAAAAAUCCGACGAAGAACCUUGUGAACGAUGCGAAGAUGUGAACAAAGAAGGAAAGAAGAAGGUUCCUGUCAUUUCCAGCUUCCGACGAGAGAAAGGGAGGAUGGGAAACAUAACCAUUGACUCUAAAUCCUUGCGCUCUGGCUUUGGAGGUCCCGGAUAUGCCGCCCCAGUCGCCCGAAAAUUGAUUGAACAGAGGCCUGAGCCCAAGUCGUUUAAGCCUCGACGUAUCCCAAGGCCCAUUGCAAAGAAAGCAAAGAAGCUUAAAGAUAAGGGAGAGGAAGAGGCUACGAAAGAAAUACAAGAGAAAGAGACAGAAAAGAUUGUAAAUGAGUCUGGUGAAGCUGAAGAAGAGAAACAGAGGAGCGAAGAUACAAUAAAAGUUAACGAUGAUGAUGAUGGAGAUGACGAUGAUGUUAUUGUCACGCAUCGGAUGCCCAGUGUUGUUACCAUGCCAACAGGAGAACACAAACCUUUCAUACGACAAGACACUGUUAGUUCUAGACAGGUUCCAGAUCAGAUGUCUUCACGAUCAGCAAAGAACAAGGAACAGAUGCCCGAAAGAGAGAAAGCUGAAGACGCAAAAGAGCCGCAAAUGACCACAUCAUAUUCGCCUUCUCAAAGAACUGCUGAAGAAAAUACAACGACUGCUCUACUGAACGACGAGAAUCAGACUGCUGAUAAUAAAGACGAAAAUGCACUAAAUGAAGACAACGAAGCCAAGGGUAAAGAGGAAAAUGAAGAUGAAGCUCCAGUGGAGGAUGAUAAGCCGGAAAGACGUGAUUCACCUGAACCAAGUGAUCCUCAAUUAGUGACGUUCAUUGAUCCUGAUACAGGCGAGGUGAUACAAAAACCACUCAAUGAAGUCCCGAUUGAUGCCGAGAUUCUUGAAGACUAUGAUGAUGAUGAUGAUGAAUUAGAGGGGAUGGAUGAACAUACUAGCGCCCAAGUUGAAGAUCCAACGUCGUCUUGUCGUAGUACACGAAGCGAUCGCGUACAGAAAAGUGUGACCUUUAGCGAAGACCACAUCCGAACAUCUCGACGUAAUCGACAGUUCCCCAGUCUAUACACCUCUGGCAGAGAUUCCCCAACACUUAGAUCCCAUAAUGCUGGCUUAGUCUUCAAAGAAACAGUGUUGCCUGUUUAUGGCAACAAAAGGGCUGGUGACCCGUUGAGAAAAACGUCCAAGAGCUCGUCAGGUGUUUCUCCGCUAACAAUAUUCGCACUUGCGAAAAGUAGGCGAGAACACACACCUACGUCGAGUAACGUUAGAACUCGGUCAGCGGAUGGACGCUACAGACAAAAACACGGUACAACAGAUAAUUCCAGUCUAAGAACUGAUGAGGUGAACCACGGUGAUUUUGACCUGAAUGAUGAAGAUCUUGCACGGCUUAUCGAUACCAUUAGUCUGCAGACUGGUGCAGGUGGACAUGAAACGCCAGGAUCAUCGAGGCCCCCAAGCGUUAGAAAACAAGGAAGCACUCUUAUGCGCUGGUGCAUACAAGCGCUCCAGAAACCGGACCGGGAGGUCCUUUUCCCACCCAAGCCAACGCGGCCAAGUAGUUCACCAAGUGUUGCUACAUCGAAAGCGACAAAGAAAGCAGAAGAGACCCCUAAAGGUAAUAUACUGUACCUGAACAAAAAAGACUCUGAGAAAAGACCACAAACUGCCGACACAGUUCGCAGUAACGCCACGAGCCAGGAAGAACACUCGAUGUUUCCGUAUGAGAAUAACCCAUCGCGAAGUAAAGGAACGAAGCAAACUAAGACACGUAAGAGGGACACACCUGCCAGGAUGAACACGUGGAAGCGCGUGUCUUCUGAUGAAGAUGAGGAUUUCUUAGAUGCCUACCAAGCCAUGCGCUCCAGUAUAGGCAAACACGAUGCGGAUAAGGAUUACAUGAAGGAUCUACUCUCCGGAGAAUCAUUCGAAAGGGAGAGACUCUCAAAUUCGCGAGACAUCCCAAGUUUAGAUACAACCGACUACGGUGGAAAUUGGCAAAAUAAGGUUUUAGAAAGGGCUUAUCGACUGAAGCAACAGCGUUUGGAAAGACAGAAAAGUGCCAAUGAAAGGAGACAAGCUCUCGAUAACAAACAGAAGGAAAGAUGGAAAAACUCGAGUCACUUAGAGUGCGGCCAAGAACAACCGCCUAAGUCUGGCCCAGUGUUGGAGUUCAUCACCCCACCCCUCGUAGAUGAUCGGGAUACGUCGCCCUCGCCCUCUCUCAGUCAAACUGAAAUCUGGAAACUGAAGGACCAAGAGUUGUCAAACGAACGUCCUUUCCGCCUGAGGCUUAAUUCCCAGCCUGAAGGUGUGCAGCUUACCCCAUUGGCUAAACGUUUAAUGGACCUGAAGACGUGUGACCAUGACGUGUCGGAUGUUGCAAAUGUCCUACCUAAGCCCCCUCCGUCAGCCUCAAUCCCAAGCAAAUGCAGUCGCUAUGUUCUCGUGGCACAACCGGAAAUCAAACAACCUCGUGCCCAGGCCACAGCAGUUGAAGAAACUCUUCUGAUGUUGCGUUUUCCAAAGUCACGUGUAAGAAGACGUCAUAAUAGCGCCACUAUUCCCGGGCUUCACGCCAAUCGGAACGUUCGUGCAAGGACUAUCUUCGAAAUGUGACGUAAAUUAUCCGAACUGAACAGAAUUGUUUCGAAUGGGAGAUGUUGUUCGUCUGUAUCUCUAGAAUAUUUGAUAAUUUUUCAAGAUGACAAUAGUUUUCUUUGUUAUUGUAAAUGGAAGGGAAUCUUCUGCAAUAGUUGCUAAAUAAAUUUGGAAGUUCAUUUAA